AAAUCCCAAGGCCAACUCCAAAUCGUAAAAAAAAGUUAAUGUUUGGAAACAUUUAACCUAACUAACACGUGAUUUAUCAAAUAAAUAACAAAAACUAACUGAAAUCAUGCCUAAAACCCAUAUAGACAAAGUGUACCCUAAAAGCGACGUCCAUCCUAUGAUACUAAACUUUCAAAAUGGUUACGCGACGGAGCAAUUUGAGGUUGACAAAUGUAAUUUGUUUUCUAACGAAAAAAACGGCUUGAAAUGUGUUACUGCGGAGUUAAACGACAUGUUGUACGCUGGGGAGGAGGAAAAGGAGGAUCUAGGUAAGACUUUCAUACUCGCAAAGAACAGAGUUACCGGGAAAGUGCGACUUAUAGAGGUGGGUUCCGCACUACUAAAACCCAUACUUAAAGUUGAUAAUGACACGCCACAAGUACUAGAAACUAGUCACUUAGAGCUCAGUAGGAAAUUCGGAUCGAAGAAGCAGAAACAGCAAAUGGAACAACGAGAGAAAUUGAAAGUUAACGUUGAAACUGUAACGGAACAGAUGCAAAACGUAACACAAGCGAUUUCAGAAGACAAGCUAGAUUUAUCCUCGUAUAACAAGAGCGAUUCAGACGAUUUCUACAUACCCCCCAUUGACAGAACUGCUGAUAAACCUGAAAACGUUUACGAUAUUGAUAAAAUUUUAACUGAAGACCAAUAUGAGAAAAUUUAUUCAGAGCUAGAAGAAAAAGAUUACGCCGCAGAAUACACUCCGUUCAUCAAAAGUAUUGCUACAGGAAAAAAAUUGUCAAACAGGCAAACAGUAUUGGCUGUAUACGCAAAUUCGUUAUUAAAAUAUUCCGUUACAAUGGCCAAAGAAGUGUCAAAGAAAAACUUUGUUGCGUGUACGCAUUCUCCUACGCUUAACAACAUAAUACAGGCAAAUUUCUCAGUGAUGACUAACGGUAAACGUACAAGACCGACUCCAUAUAAAGACAAAGCUUUAUGCCAUGCAAUAGUAUUUGCUUUGUUGAUAAAUAAUUUAAAAUUCAAUUUGGAAAUGUUAUGUGAAGAUGCCAAGAUAACGGCAGCUACGGCGGCAAUGAAGAUCAGAGUAACAGGAGCAUCCGUUGUUUCAUUGGGAAGUAAAAAGGCAGUACAAUUAAAAUUGCCAUUAAAUACAAAGAGUGGAUUUAGGAGAAGAAGUGCCAGAUUUUGAUAAAUUAUAUUCAAUAUAGUAUAAUAUUAUUAAUUAAUAAAUGUUACUAUGUAAGGUAA